CAACAUUGCGUCAUUGUUAUUGUGGUCGCGGCGAGCUCCAGCAGCUGACGGGAGAUUUCGCCACCGCCGCCGCUUUCGCCGAGGCCCCUAUAUCUGUCCCCCCACCGCGCUCACGGAACAUUCUUAAAACACGGGACGAUGUCGUCGGACGAGAGCUUGCAAGGUUCCUGGAUCGAGCUGCAUUUCAGCGGCAAUGGCUCUCAGAGUGCGAGCCUCCCCCUCGGGGGCCAGGAGCAGAUCCCCACGGGCGUCCCGCAGGGGGACGUGGAGGAAAUGCUGCUGGACGCACAGCACGAGUCCGGGAGAAACAGCUCCAAAGGAAGCUCUCAGUGCAACAGCCCACUUCGUGCCCAGACCCCCCUUCUGGUGUGGCGAGGCUCAGAGGCCAACAGCUCACAGUCGGACGAAGACUUCCAAGAAAGAAGACGGGAAGUGGAGAACAUGAUGAAGAAAAAUGCCGACUGGAUCUGGGACUGGUCUAGUCGACCCGAGAACAAUCCCCCAAAGGAGUUCCUGCUGAAGAACCCCAAGCGCUCGACCUCUCUCAGCAUCCGGAACACCAGCGUCAUGAAGAAGGGGGGCGUUCUCUCCGCUGACUUCCUGAAGCUUUUCCUUCCUUCGUUAAUCAUUUCUCACAUACUCGCUGUUGGCCUGGGGAUCUACAUCGGGAAGCGUCUGACCUCCCACAACACCUACUGAGGAGGAAGGCUGUGCCCUGAUGUGACCGACCACCCAAGCAUGCCUUAAAAUGGGACCUUCCGAUGACUGAGUGGGAGAUGUGACCAUGCGAAACGGUCCAAUUUGACGGAGCGCUCCGUUCAGCUCACAGCGGCUCGGAGAGGAUCCGUCAUUGCUGUUUCACGGCGCGCGCCGGUGAACACAACAGUGACCGAUCCUCUGCUUUUAGCCGUAGUCUCUGCUGUGAUCAGUGUUCUGCUGCUUCCUGCUCCUUAAAUCUGCACGUUAGGGAACUUUUAGCAUACGCCGUUGCCUUUUUUUUGGUUUUCUUUGCGGUGAGAAAUCCCUUUUGAGUUGAAAAGGUGUAUCAAAGUUGUUUUUUUGUAUCAGCUGUGAAGAAAAGGAAGGUGUUCGGACUUGUAAUUCCCUUGGAUGUGUCAUUUGUUUAGCUAAAGUGUUGUGCAGUUGUACAUUGUGAUAGGGAAGCACUAUUAAGCCACAAUAUGGUCCAUUCUGUCCAUCAGACACAAAAUAAAAGUUGGAAACACA